ACAUGAAAUGUUGGAUAUGGAAACAAUGACAAAACGCAACAACCAACUCAGUCGAAUGCUCCAUCUGUGCGUACCGAAGUGCAUCAUUCGCCCGGUUAGGCGGUGUCCAUGCAGGUGAAGGUGGCGCUAUACAAGGGGGACAAAAAUCGAGCUACCUAUGUCUAUGCCCCGAUUUCACGUUAUACCUGAAAUAUUAUUCAUGUCCUUUAUCAUUUACUGUCUUUUCAGAUCUUGGUAGACUUCGGGCGCAAGAGGAGGUCUUUGAACGCCUUGGCUCGGACAGUCAGGUAUGGAGCCAAACGGGACCCUGAACGGGACCCCACUGCAGCUUGGUUCUUGCGGCGACAAGGAUGAAAAGAAAGCCAUCAUCUCCAGCGACCGGGAUCGCGCCAGAUCCCGGUGGAUCACGGUGGAGCCGAUCCUGCUCCUCAUCGCAUUGGCUCGAAAGGCCAUGGUCAUCACUCGUCUCCAGUAUCUCAAACACCGCAUCGGGGAAGAACACCAUUACAGCUCCAUCAUCGCCAACCUCUCCGUGGCUUCGCUAUGUAACGACGAUAAUUACACGGACACCCUGGAGGACGAGAUACAGCAACAGACAGCGGUUUGGAGUUUAUACCUCUACGCCAUGUCCACAUUUCCCGCGCUUUUUACGACCAUCGUAGUGGGCGCUAUUAGCAAUCUGGCCGGACGGAAGGUCGCCAUGAUGGUUCCUUGUCUUGGUUACAUCAUCCAGUGUGCAUUAUUUCUUGUAAUCUCCUACGCGCAUUUACCCCUCUGGACAUUCUUUGCAGCUGAACUAAUCCAGGGAAUAUCCGGUGGGGUGGCGCUCCUUUUCGCCGGUGCGCAUGCGUACAUCGCAGACACCACGGAAAAGCGCCAGCGGACUUUACGCAUCGCCGUCACAGAGGGCGUUUACUUCUUUGGAAACGGUGCCAUUCAAAUUUCAAAUGGGUAUCUCAUUUCGCGGUUCGGAUACGAAUCUUCCUAUUGGUUCUCAUUAGUGUUACUUAUGCUCGCGUUCGCCUACGCCUUAUCACCACACCUCCUCAUUGAAACAGUGGACGAGGAAACUAAAAUGAGGACUAAGCAAACUACUACAGUGAAAACAAUCGUAUGUACGGCAUGUGACCUUUUCAAGGUCACGGAAGGGCGCCGUAAUAUGAAAUUAAUAGCAGCUGGAAUGGUGCUUCUAUUUGCACUAGUAAGUGUGAGUGGGUGUCAAAGUGUAGUUGUGCUGUAUGGCCUCGCCAAGCCAUUCUGUUGGUCACCGGUCGACGUAGGAUUCUAUACAGCUGUUUCAUUGAUACUUCCGGGAGUAGGGUCUCUAGUUGGGGGUCAGUUUGUCUAUUAUUUCAAUAACGAUUACUGGAUGAUGCAUAUAAGCCUCAUCAGCGCCAUGGCUAUGUCCUUGACAACGGCUAUGGCAAAGACUACUCCAGUUUUGUAUGCAGGUUUGGUGGUAGGUGCAAUGUCCAGUUUUAUCGCACCGCUUGUCCGAGGUCUUAUGUCCAAGAUGGUUGGAGAACACGAACAAGUGUCCGUCUUCACUUACGCUGGGUGUGUGGGAAACACCGUCAAGUUCAUCGCCAAAGUCAUGGCUUUUGCCAUCUACGCAGGAACCGUCCAUACACUCCCCACCUUAACAUUCUACGUCCUUGGGUUUGUCGUGCUUAUUCCUAUUGCCAUCACAUGCGGCCUCCAGUGUAUGAAAAACAACAACACGGAUUAUGACGAGUUGGGCGAGGAUGGAUGUAGUGACAAACUGGAGUUGGUGAAAACGGCUCAUCUUAAAUAAUGAUUCUGGCAAAACCAGUUUGGAUUCUAUAUCAUGUUCAGAAUAGUCCAGUCCAGCGAUCCUUGCCCGACAUGUCAUUCAUUUACCUCAACAUCGUUCCGAUGUUCGACGACAUGUGCACUGAUCCGGGGAGCAUAAUACCAAACCGCGCCCACCUCUUCCGACAGAUCGGCGGGGGCGGGGGACCCCUAUUCUUCGCCCAUCCGAAGUUGACAUCGAUGACGUCAGUGGGAUCAAAAUAAUUUUCCCCAUGCGGUCUUCAAAUAUUGUCAUAAUUUUUGAAUGUCUGAAAACAACCUGUUGAUUUUUGCAUUGUUUUGUUUUGUUUUUCUUUAAUUACUUUCGAUGCAUGUUUGCCCUUUUAUUAGUGUAGGGCUCAAAAUCUAAUAGAUUUUUAAAAAAUUGCAAUAAGCAAAAAAAUUCUGGGCGAUGUCCAGCAAUCAUUCGUUUGAACAGUAGAUGGCGCUCUUUCACUGAAUCGCACGGAUCGCACGCCUCCGUUAAAUGAGAUUUGGAAAAGACAAAAAAAGUUGAUAAGUAACUGGAUAACGAAUGAUCAGUAAACGAUUUCCUCAUGUUCAUGCAAAAUCAUGCAGAAUAAGUAUUUGAUAUUUACAAGAUUGAAACGAUCUGUUUGGUGGUUCAUAAAAAAAAAAUGAAAAAAAUGAAAUAAAGACAUAAUAAUAAUUACAAUUAUCAUUGUUUAGGAGGCAACCAUGCACCAUCCCUCCAUGAUUUUUCUCGAAGUAAAAAAAAGAAAAUUGAAAAUUACACUUUUGAAUAAGGAAUAAUAGUCUAUGCAUAUCGAACUAUAGAAAUUAAUGGAGAAAAAUAGGACAUCACCCGUCUUACGCCCCCCCCCCCC